AUGAGCGCAGCCAAAGGCAAGAGUUUGCGCCUCAGCUUCAAGGGCGAAGCGCCCAAGAAGCGCAAGAGAAGCCAUGAAUCAUCAUCGGGCUCCCGCAGGCACAAGACAGGACGGAGCCACGCUGACCGCGGCGGCAUUUCGGACGUGGAGGAUGUGGGUGGGGAUGAGCAGGCAUGGGUCUCUGUCGAGUCUGAGCUUGACCUGAGCGGGCCUUGCUUCAUCUUUACACGGUCGCGGCUCGAGCCGCACGCUGCGGUCCAUUCUGUAGCCUUCCAACCAACCCUUCAGAGUGUCGAAGCAGCCGCUGUGCUUCCGGGAUCGGGUCUGGCAUCGAACGACGAUAUUGCCACAUUGCACGCCUCCGACCCGAGGCUAGCAGAGGAGCUCGAGGGCGCCGAGAUCGUGCCGUCGAACGAGUCAUUAGGCAUGGAUACAGAUACGAUCACACCGCAGUCUGUCUACCAGGUCUGGGUGGCUACCAAGGUGCCAGGAAGCGAAUCACCCGCGCGCUUCACCUUCAAGAGUGCCGAGGGCAAGUUUCUCGGCGCGGACAAGCACGGUACUCUCAGAGCUUCGAUGGAAGCACGGGGCCCACAGGAAGAAUGGACCCUGAAGACCGCUGCGGGGCCAAGUGGGCAGCGGCAAUGGAUGCUGCGCUCUGUGCACGGACAAUACCUAGCGCUCGAUCAGGUCGCUGGCGGCAAGACGGUCGUCCGAGCAGAUGCGGAAAGGUCAGAGGCGUCGAGCGAGGAUGCUUCCGCACUUUGGAACAUCAAGGUCCAAUGGAAGCAUCGACACGCGGCCCGUCACGCUUCAGACGAUGCUGAUGCCCAAGGCCUUCGUCGCACAAAGGCAAACGACCCGACCGCACUCCAACACAACGCUCGAGACCAAGCCAUCUCUCAGGAGCUCGACACCUUGCGCUCUCGUGCAGGCGCCCAGUACAUGCCCUCAAAUUACGGAGCGAGCAUGUCGAAAGAGGAGCGCCGAGCGCUACGCAAAGCGCAGAAGGAGGGCAGACUUGCGGAAGAGAUGCUCGAUCGGCGCACCAAGCUCAAAAGCGACAAGUACGCCUGA